AUGGCAGAGACCUGCAUUCCUCUAAAAGACUCAACGACAUGUCCUGCAUUCUCCAAGGCGUCCUUUUCCACCAAGAAAGAAAUUGUGGACCUCUACCCCUUCCUUGCAUUCGUCUCCAACGUCGAAGACUUCGAUAAGGAACUUGAAUCAUACGUCCAUCGCGAUUAUGUCAAACUCAAAUAUCAAACGCUCAUCGGCUGUUCCAAUGUCAAUCUCCGAAACACGUCGUCUCUCUACGCUAGAUAUACAACCAGUGUCCUUUGUAAUGGCAUAAUUCAAAACUCUAAAGAUAUCUGCAACCUUUCUCCGGAGAAUUCGCGACCACUCUGUGCUGACACAUGCGCCUUGGCAGCUACGAGCGAGGAAAUGAUCGCGGUAAAUCCUGACCUAUGUGGCACUCCAAAGAACAACUUUAUGGACCAAAUACGCUCUGACUUCACCGUGUGCGCAAUCCCUGCCGAUUCAUUGACCGGAAAAUGCAUAUCAGGAAGCGAUAAUGAACAGAAAGAAUGUGGCUAUGGACCCAAUUUGCUUGGACUUUGCGGAUUUUGCGCCGAAAGCUCGCCGAAUGCGACUGAUUCAUGCUGCGUCGCAGCAGAUGCGCCAAACCGAUGUCGCGGACUAGAACUGCCCACCUUAUCGCCCUUACCUCCUCUCUUCCCCACGUCGACUUCUAGUUCUACUCCAUCAGCUAGUACGGGUGCCAGCCCCGGUGGUCUUUCUGGUGGAGCCAUUGCGGGAAUUGUGGUUGGAUCUGUGGCCGGCGUCGCUUUGUUAGCGGCACUAGGAGUAUUUCUAUUCAUCUUUCUCCGUCGAAGGCGCGAGCGGGAAGGCAGUAUAUUCAAUCAACCGACACCUCCACGGAAAGGAACAAAUUCGAUGCAGUACGCGCCCGGAAGCAGGGGAGACGGAACCGGGUAUGAGGUUCUUCCCGGAGGACGUGUUGCCCGCAUGUCUGCUUUACAAAGUAACGAGGGUUCCCCACCACGUGGUGCUGCGGGCGGUAGAUACGAUUCAUCGGAUACCGAAACUUUUGCUAGCCCUGGGAGUCGUACCAAAGGGCGACUUCCUGUGACUGGUAGAAGGAACGGUUCACUAUCUAGUACUUCAGUUCUUGAUACAUCACCAAAAUCAGGAGAUGGCGCACAGUUUUCUUCGCCAGAAGGCGUCGCUAGUGGCCAAUCGGAACAGCUCCCUUACUUCAGAGACUAUUAUUCACAGGAUGAUAUUCAUCCCAAUGAUAAAGUAUCCGUGUUGUGGGCGUAUCAACCUCGCGCGGCGGAUGAGUUUGAAUUGGAACGGGGCGAUAUGCUCAAAAUAGUCGGUAUUUGGGAUGAUGGAUGGGCAACCGGAGUGCGGAUUUCUGAACGGGCCGAAGAUUACGAUGGAAAACACAAGCCUCAACGUGAUAGCGGUGUCUCCAACGGUCCUGAGCGACGAGGGUCAUCGCCGGUUCCUAUGGGCGACAUCAAAGCGUUUCCGCUUGUUUGUGUCUGCCUGCCGGAACACUGGAAAAAGACCAUCGAAGGAGACCCUCAGAGAAUGAGCAUGGACACUCAGUGA